UUGAGGUCACAGAUGAAAACUCUUGAAAUAUUAGUGCCAAAACCAAUCGAUCGUUUCUUAAGAGAUUGCGUCAUUGUUGUGAGAAUCCCUGCUUGGUUUACAUGUGUGUGUAAUUUCCAGAGUGUCAAUUAGUUCAGGCUAGAAGGAAUUUUGACUUUGGCUUCUCGUCUGCUGAUGUUAUUGUUAUUACACAUGCAAGACGUGAACUUAAUGCCACCUGAACAUAAAGUACAAUGAGGAUUCUCUUCUGGACACUUGUCCACCUUGGUGUUGUACUGUCUAGUCAAGUCACCAUUGAAUACAACAAACCUGUCUUAAAGUUGACAUUACCUUCAUUAUUCACAUCAUCUGAUGUUGGCCACGUCAUUUUUCGGUACACCAUAGACAAUGUGCAAAAACAAGGCGUUGGUGUUCUCAUCACUGAAGGUUGGCAAUAUCAAACCAGUGACGUCUCACUAGAUGGCGCUCAUGAAGUAUCUGCUGACGCCGUGAUCUACAAUACAAAGGGAAAUCUGAAGGAUGCCACCGAAAAGUCGACGCUGAAACUAGUCUUAGCUCACCGGAGCGCAGUUCAAAUACCUUCCCCAAGACGUAUCAGGGCGGUGAUCUUUAGAGACGAUUUUAAUAUAUUCAACAAAGCGAGCUGGCGAUACGAAGUCACAAUGUCUGGUGGAUUUAAUGGUGAGUUUGAAGUGUACACAAAUGACCCUAAAAAUGUGUACACGCAUGAUGGACAUCUGUACAUUAGACCAAUCCCAACAGUGAGUGAUUCAAGAUUUGAUGACAACUUUCUUCACACUGGACAUAUGGACUUGAAAACUAUCUUUGGGGAAUGCACACAGUCCGGAAAUAAUGGCUGUAGUAGAACUGGCGGAAGUGAGAUCCUCCCACCUAUCAUGUCCGGUAAAAUCAAAAGUGUUCCCACACUGAGAUUCGGUACAUUGGAGGUCCGAGCAAGGAUUCCCAGUGGUGACUGGCUGUGGUCAGCUAUAUGGAUGGUGCCUACCGAUCGUGUGUACGGAGCGUGGCCGAGAUCUGGCGAGAUCGAUAUCAUGGAAUCCAAAGGUAACCCUGGUGCUUCGGGUGUUGGUAAAGUGACCAGCACAUUGAACUGGGGCCCUUCUGCUGACCAAAACAGAAAGAGCACCACACACGGAGAAAAGCACGCCGCCAACUGGCACACUCAGUUCCACACGUGGCGCUUGGAGUGGACUCCAGACCAUAUACUGACGUUUGUGGACAACCAACAGAUAAUGUCAGUUGUUCCUCCUGAUGGAGGCUUUUGGCAGAAGGGUGGUUUUUCCGGAACAAAUCUUUGGUCUACCGGAAGUAAAAUAGCGCCAUUCGAUCAGGAUUUUUUGCUUAUUUUCAACGUGGCUGUAGGAGCCACAGACGGCUAUUUCCCGGAUGGCAACCACUAUGGCAAUGUGACUAAACCAUGGGACAACCACUCGCCACACCCAAUGUUGGAUUUCUGGAAGGCCCAGAGCGCCUGGCUUCCUACAUGGCAGGGAGAGAACGCAGCUUUAGUCAUUGACUGGGUGGAGUUUAAAACUUUAUAGUGUUAAGAGAGAGUGAGAUAAAGGAUUUAGAGAUAGAUAGAUAGAUAGAUAGAUAGAUAGAUAGAUAGAUAGAUAGAGAGAGAGAGAGAGAGAGAGAGAGAGAAAGAG